UCAGCUUACACUUCGGAGCGCUUCAUCUCGUCCGCGGCUGUUUGCACCUGGCCGGCUUGAAUCGCGAGGGGAAUGGACGAGGAGAUGGACGCUGCGAACGAGGAGGUGUCUCCGGGAGAAGCCUCGGGCGGCGAGGAGAUGGUGACGAGCGAAACCGAGGGGAGAGCCGACAAGGGAGCGGCGGAGACGGUGUCUGGGAGCGACGACGACGACGACGACAAUGACGAGGACGACGAGGACGUCAACGAGGCGGAGGUGAAAUCCUUGGAAGCCUCCUUGUCAGCGAACCCGUAUGACUAUUCCAGUCAUGUGGCCCUGAUCAACAAACUGCACACGAUGGGCGAGCUCGACCGACUGCGAGCCGCCAGGAACAACAUGAGCAACGUGUAUCCGCUCAGCCCCGAGCUCUGGCUCGUCUGGAUAAGCGACGAGAUCAAGUUGGCGACCACCGGCGAGCAGAAGGCCGAGGUGGUCGAGCUGUGCGAGCGAGCAGUCAAGGAUUACGUAUCCGUGGACGUGUGGCUGGAGUACCUGCAGUUCGUCAUCGAGUACAUGGGCAAGGACGAGGGGAGGGUCGACGAAGUUCGACAGCUCUUCGAUCGCGCGCUGACUGCUGUUGGAAUGCACGUGACGAAAGGAGCGAUAAUUUGGGAGGCGUAUCGCGAAUACGAGAACAUGAUACUUACUUCCCUGUCGUCGCUGGACGGCGACACUGAAAACGGAAGAAAGAAGGCUCAGUUGGAGCGCAUCGUCAGUCUGUUUAAGCAUCAGUUGUCCAUUCCUCUCUUAGACAUGGAUAAGACGCACGAGGAGUAUCAGUCGUGGUGCGCAAAGUACAGCGCCGAGGUGGACACCGACGAGAAGUCCAUUCUGAAGUGCUACAGACAGAGCUCUGCAAAGUUGACGUCGUACCUCCCUUACGAGGAGAAGCUUGUCUCCACGCAGAGCCACAGUGAACUGCUUGACGCUUACAAAGGAUAUCUACUGUACAUAAAGCAAAACAACUUGGAUCUCGUUACAGUUCUGUACGAAAGAGCGAUAACCGAGCUGAGUUUAGAGACGUCAAUUUGGUUGGAUUACAUCGCCUAUCUAGAAAAUAAAUCGAGGCUCGCGCAUGUAUUGGACCCCGUUUAUCGAAGAGCGUCGAGAAAUAUUCCCUGGUGCUCGGCAGUCUGGCAAAAGUGGAUGAGAUCGUACGAGGUGUGGGACAAAAAUAUAUCGGAGGUCCAGGCGAUAUUGGAGAGCGCGUUGUCCGCCGGCUUUUCAACGGCGGAAGAUUAUCGCACUCUGUGGCUUGCGUAUCUCGAGUGUAUGCGGCGCAGAAUCGAGCAGUAUCCUGACGAGGAGAGGGAUAAAUAUCUAGACGUUAUUCGUAAAACGUUUAACAGAGCGUGCGAGCACCUGGCGAAAUACUUCGGUCUGGACGGCGAUCCCAAUUGCGUUAUUUUGCAAUAUUGGGCGAGAUUUGAAGCGAUACAUGCGGAUGAUAUGGAACAAAUGAGAAGAUUGUGGGCCGAUAUUCUCUCACAUGGGCAUUCUGCGACAGCUUCUUAUUGGCUGGAAUAUAUAGUGCUAGAAAAAAGUUACGGUGAUUCAAAACACCUAAGGAAACUGUAUCAGAAAGCCUUGGGUUCCACGCAAGACUGGCCAGAAAGUAUAGCGAACUCGUGGAUAGAUUUCGAGCGCGAUAAAGGGACUUUGGAGCAAAUGGAGUUCUGCGAAGCGAAAACGAAAGACAAGCUCGAUAAAAUUAUGGCAGAGAGACAAAAGGCGCAGCAAGUUCAUUCUCAGAGCGAAUCGUCCACACAAGACAGGAAAGCGAGUAAAAGAAAAGCAGACGACGGCAAGUGGAAAAAUUUAGGAAGCUCUCCGUCGAAAAUCGUGAAAACGGACGUGCGAGUGAGGCCAAAAUUACGAGAAAGUUUCUUGAAUGUUGAUAGCAAAACGACAAAUGAGGAAGAGAAAUCAAAGCCAGAAGUCGUACCACCGCCCGGUUAUAAAACAACAGAGAUUAAAGAUACUGACGAUAAAGAUAGUCAACCUGAAAUAGACGAUAGUAUUACAGUUUUUGUUAGCAAUUUAGAUUACACAGCGACCGAAGACGAAGUAAGAGAUGUUCUAAAACCCGUUGAACCGAUAACGUCAUUCAGAAUGAUUAAAGAUUACAAGGGACGUAGCAAAGGAUACUGCUAUGUGCAAUUAAGUAGCGCAGAAGCUGUGAAGGAAGCUUUGAAAUUAGAUAGGACACCUAUAAGAGGACGUCCCAUGUACGUUUCAAAAUGCGAUCCUAACAAGAGUACCAGGAGUUCAGCGUUCAAAUACAGUUCUACACUUGAAAAAAAGAAGCUCUUUGUCAAAGGACUUCCACUUACGAUGACAAAAGAGGAACUGGAGGAGUUGUUUAAAGUCUACGGAGAUCUGAGGGAAGUUCGCCUAGUUACUUACCGCAAUGGGCACUCGAAGGGCUUGGCUUACGUCGAGUAUCACGACGAAGCGACCGCCGCGAAAGCUCUUUUGAACACGGACGGUAUGAAGAUUCAGGACAAAGUGAUCAGCGUUGCGAUAAGCCAACCACCCGAUCGCAAGAAAGUCCACCAAACAGAGGAAAACGGGGGACAGGUGAAGUCGUUAGGUGGAACGUCGACAAGCCGCACGGCAUUCGGCGUGCCCAAAACUUUGCUGUCUAUGGUUCCCCGUAAUGUUAAAGCGAGUAGCAGUAACGGUAGUGCAGCUUCUGAUGGAAAUGGGCAGUCGAUGAGCAAUCAAGACUUCAGGAAUAUGUUGCUCAAUAAAAAAUAAACUCGCUCUACGAUGCUGGUCCUCGUUUGGUCUAUUGACAUUAAUUUUGAAACUUAUAUCGGCUAUACAUGUUAAAACUCAUGUGUUAGUAGUACUGUUACAGUGAAUCGCUCUGCCGUUAAAAGUUUAUCCGGCAAAAGUGCUUUGAUAUUAUGUUAUACAUGUGCCGCUUAGAAAAUCAAGUGUGCAGUAACUACAAGAUUCUGUAUGUUAACAAUUUUUUUUAUGUACUCAAUUAUGUUUCUGUAUAGAUUUCUCGGCUUUUCAAGCUUCUCUACACACAAUGUAUGUGUGAAUAUGUGUUUUCUUUUCUCUAAAUCGGAUCUUAUGUUUUCAGAGAAGAUACCACAAUUCAUAAAGAUCGACAAUUACGAAGUAUUAGUCAAUCUAAGCUGUUGGUACAAUCUUUCCAUUUCAUAUUAAGAUAUGAAGGAAAAAAUAUGUCACAAGAUGAACGAUUAUAUAAAAUAAAUACUUUUAAUACAUAUAUAUAUAUAAAAUUAUUGAUAUGUAUAUACAAGAGAGAGUACGUGCCAAGUAUAAAGAUAUAUCGCUUGAAAUACAGUCUGUUCGUGAAU